AUGUCGGCCAAGAUGGAGUACGUCGAGGAAACCGUCCAGGACGGCCAUUCGGGUGAAUACACAAAGAUCGCGUACGCGCAACGGGCGAUGGUUGGACAUGGUUCUUUUGGCUAUGUGUACCAGAUAUCCAUCCAGCCGGACGACCGUAAGGCUGCUAUAAAACGUGUUCUCCAGGAUAAACGGUUCAAGAACCGUGAGCUAGAUAUCAUGAGAACGAUAUCCCACAAGAACAUUGUGAAUCUGAUCUCGUUCUUCUACAAAACAGCCGAGAACGAUGAUCUCUACUUGCAUUUGAUUCUGGAAUUUAUUCCAGAGACUCUUUUCAAGGCAUCACACUACUACACGUCGCGCAGACUCACGAUGCCUGCGUUUGAGGUCAAACUCUACUCGUACCAGCUUUUGAGGUCACUCAACUACAUACACUCGCUGGGGAUAUGCCAUAGAGACAUAAAGCCCCAGAACUUGCUGAUAGAUCCAUACAAUGGUAUCUUGAAGCUUUGCGACUUUGGCUCGGCAAAGAUUUUGAACCCACAGGAACCUAACGUUUCCUACAUAUGUUCGCGGUACUACCGUGCACCAGAGCUCAUCUUUGGCAGUCGCAACUAUACCACCAAAAUUGACGUGUGGAGUGCGGGAUGUGUGAUUGCGGAGCUCAUUCUCGGCCAGCCGUUGUUUCCUGGUGAGAGCGGUAUUGACCAGCUCGUCGAGAUUAUCAAGAUCCUCGGGACACCUUCGCGCGACGAGAUUCGCACGAUGAACCCGAACUACAUGGAGCACAAGUUCCCUUCAAUCAAACCCAUUCCUCUAAACAAAGUUUUCAAGGCGACCGAGGUAGACUGUCUCCAGCUGCUUCAACAUGUGCUGAGCUACUCUCCUCUUGCGCGUGUCUCAGCCAUUGAGUCGCUGACAUUGCCUUACUUCGACGAGCUUAGAGCACCAAACGUGCCGCUCCCCGAUUCGCGGAUGGCCAAUAAGGGCAUUCCAAAGCUGAUACCAGACGUUCUAGACUUCUCCAAACGCGAGCUCAGUGUCAGGCCUGACCUCGUGUCGGUGCUCAUUCCAGAGUGGAAGAGGACUUCUUUUGCCGAUGACUAUGGCUUUUCACUUGAUUUUGUGCCGUUCUCCGAGGAGGAGCUGAAGAACCCCGAGUUGAACUAA